AUGUCAAGUACCAAUAUAGAUGUAGUGACACAAGAUGUGGCUGCAGAAGAACAAAAACAAAAACCUCCGGUGGAAGCAACUGCUAAUUUUAUUCCAGAUGAGUCUGCUUCGAUUGAAAAUAGCAACAAAUUGAGUGUGAAGAAUGUUUAUUGGCAAUACUUUACUCGAUUUCAAGAGGAAAAAGAAUGGAAGGCAAAAUGUAACCAUUGCAAAUCUGUUCUUGGAGCCAAUCCAAGAAAUGAAACUACAAAUUUGAAGAAUCACAUGCUCCACUAUUGUAAAAUGAUCAAAUUAGCAAAUUCUAGGUGUAUUGCCAAGGUCAUAUGUAUGCAUGAGUACCCUUUAUCUUUUGUGAAACAUGUUGGAAUGAAGGAAGUAUAUGCAUCAAUGCAACCAACUUUUAAGGUGCCUAGUCAAAACACAAUCAAGAAGGACAUUAUUAAAAUGUAUGAGUUGGAGAAGCUUAAUAUGACUAAGCUAAUGGAUGUAAAUGAUAGUCGAGUAGCAGUUACAACCGACAUGUGA